AUGCAGUCCUUUCGAGAAAGGUGUGGUUUCCAUGGCAACCAGCAGAGCUACCAGCCGACUUCACAAGAUACAUCACGCCUGGAGAAUUACAGGCAUCAAAGUCAGGCAGGGCCGAACUGCGAGCGGCAGAGGCUGGUGGCGAAGGAGUACUACAGUCAGCAGCAACUGCCGUACUCGUGCUCUGAGAACAGGGCGCCGCCGCAGCCCCCGCAGCCGCCGCAGACCUUGCAGGGGCGGCAUCACGCCCCGGAGACCCUCCACUACCAAAACCUGGCCAAGUACCAACAUUACAACCAGCCGGGCCAGACCUACUGCCAGGGCGACGCACCGCCCGUCCGGACGCCGGAGCAGUACUACCAGACCUUCAGCCCCAGCGCCAGCCACUCGCCGGCUCGCUCCGUCGGCAGGUCUCCGUCCUACAGCUCCACUCCCUCCCCGCUGAUGCCCAACCUGGAGAACUUCCAGUACAGCCAGCAGCCGCUGAGCGCCGGCCCCUUCCCGACCGGCAUCGCCGACCACAGCCAUUUCAUGCCGCUGCUGAACCCUUCUCCCACCGAUGGGACGAGCCCCGACGCUCAAUCCGGGAACUGCAAAAACUUGCAGAAGGAGAAGCUGCCUGAAAACCUGCUGUCGGACCUGAGCCUGCAGAGCCUGACGGCGCUCACCUCCCAGGUGGAGAACAUCUCCAAUACCGUCCAGCAGCUGCUGCUCUCCAAAGCAGCCGUGCCCCAGAAAAAGGGCAUCAAGACCCCGGCGAGGACCCCUGAGCAGCUCAAGGGGCAGCACUGCAGCCCCGAGAGCAGCACCUACUCGGCGGAGCAGGUGGGGACCCCCCUGUCCGACCCACUCAGCACGCCCCAGUCUUCUGUCCACGCCGAGACGCAGGAUGCCGACUAUCUCAGUGGGUCGGAGGACCAGCUGGAGAGGAGUUUCCUGUACUGCAACCAGAACCGCAGCCCUGCCCGCGUCAACAGCAACUCCAAGGCGAAGCCCGAGUCGGUUUCCACCUGCUCCGUGACCUCCCCGGACGACAUGUCCACCAAAUCGGACGACUCCUUCCAGAGCAUCCAUGCCAGCCUGCCCCUGGAGACCUUCACCAAGUACGUGACCAACGAACGGGACUGUCCCCGACUGCUCCUCAGCGCCCUGUCCCAGGAGGAGCUGGCUUCCGAGAUAAUUGUCCUGCAGGACGCCAUCAGCGAGAAGGCGGACAAAGCCUGGGCCAACUCGCCCAUGCUGAGCAAGGAGGCCACCAAGUCCCCCUUCCAGCUGGAGAACCACCGGCCCUGCCUGGACUCCAUGGUGAAGGGCGCCUGGCCCAGCCAGGGUGACUCCAGCACGCUCACCGAGCCCCUCAAGCUGGACAAGGCUUCGGGGGCCAGCGCGGGGAAGGACUUUGGCGAAGAGGUGUACGAGGGUCCCCAGGUGGAGUUCACGGCCGCCGAGACCAAGGACGCGCUGAAGGAUACGGCCCCGCUGGCAUUCAAUUCCAAGCCCAGCAUCCCAGCAGCGACGUCGAGCGCGGGGGCCGCCGGCUACAGCUGCUACUCGAACACCACCGCCAACUCGGUGGGGUCUGAGAACGCCAUGGAGCACUUCGAGUGGCCGGAGGAGAGCCUGGGCGAUGCGUGCCUGCGGUGGAAGGAGCUGGGCUCGGGCCUGCAAGCCACCGACCUCCCCAAGGGCUUGUUCCCCAGCAAAUUGGUGGGCUCCUGCAAGGAGAAAAAAAAUGCCUGUGGCUUGGAUCUGUGCGACGGCGAGCAGCCGGCCAAGAGCGAGCCGGGCCGGGACUUUGGUCAGCAGGUGAUGGAGGAGGAAGAGGAGGAGACGCUAACCUACGACGAGGCCACGAAGGCAGACAGCGAGAGGUGGCUGCAGGACACCCGGCAUUGCUGCUCGACCGGGGACUUCAGCGAGAUCCCCAUCAUCUCCUCGCCGGAGCUGAAGGAGUCGGACCUGGAGGUGGAGGAGUACUCCUCACUCUGCGAGCUGGCUGGCUCGGAGCAGAAGUCGGUGCUGUACGAUGCCUCGCCGCCCAAGCCCCCAGAGAUGCCCACCGUGCUGUCCUCCAGCGAGGUGCCCGUGUCCGCCGAGGAGACCGUCAGCACGGUGGAGAAGGAAAGCUCGGCUCCCACCGCGCGCCUCUCCGGCCAGUCCGUCAUCCUGCUGGGCCCUGCCGUGGGCACGGAGACCAAGGUGAAGAGCUGGUUCAAGUCCUCCCUGCCCCACAUCCAGCCCCAGGAGGAGACCGGCGGAGGGGAGACGUCCCACCCGGAGGUGGCUGAUGCUGAAUCUGCCCCAUUGGUCACGGUGAAGCAGCAGCUCGCUCCCGAAAACGCGCUGGGGAAGACAGAGCCCGUCUCACGGGGCAAGAGCCUCCGCAACAAGAGGGUCCACUGCCGGCUGCCAGAGGGGGACGGCGCCGGUAGCGCCGUGCCGAGCCCCUUCGAUGACCUGCCGGCAGCCGGCGGUGUGGCCAGCGCCUGCCUUGGGCCAGACGGCCAGGCGGAGAUACCGAGCAAGAACGGUCACAGCCAAACGCCUCGGUUUCCAGCCGAGGGUCUGCCGGCACGCAUGUGCACCCGCUCCUUCACCGCCCUCGCCGAGCCCCGCACCCCGGCCCCGCUGGAGGGGCUGAAGGCCCCUGUGCACCAGGAGAAGCUAGGGAAGAAGCCCGCCUGUGGCGUUAAGCAGCGGGUGGCUUUCAAAGCCCGGAAGCGCAGCAGCCGGCCGACCCCCAAGGUGGUCCAAAACACUGGCGAUACCACCCUCCUGGUGCCCGGCUUGGUGACGGCAGAGGAGGCGGCGGGGCCGACACCGCUGGAGGGGAACACGGUAGAGGCAGGGGAGAGGGACCAGCGGUCGAUGAUCUUACGCUCCCGGACGAAGACGCAAGAGGUUUUCUACACCAAGAGGCGGCGGGGCAAGCGGCGGGCGGCCGACGUCCGGCUGAAGAACUGCAAGGCGCCCAAGAAGCUCAUCUCCAACAACCACCUCCCACCUGCCUUCAAGCUGGUGGCCCCGGGCAGCCCCCACAAGGAGGGCAAGGUGGGCGCCCGGAUGAAGCUGCCUAAAACAGGGCCGGGUGUGGGGGGCAAGAUGUCCGAGCGGCCCCUGCACUCGCUGAAGAGGAAGUCCACCUUCAUCUCCCCUAUCCCCGCCAAGAAGAGGAACCUGGUCCUGCGGAGCAACAGCGGCGGCGUGAAGGAGGAAAAGCCAGAGCCCCCCCCCAGCCCCCUCAAAAAGAAGCGAGGGAAGUGCUCGAGCUGCCAGCAAGCGGGAGCCACCGUGGGCUGCUGCCAGAAGGGGUGUCCCCACACCUACCACUACGCGUGUGCCGUUGACACAGGUUGCUUAUUAACCGAAGAGAGCUUCUCUCUGAAAUGUCCCAAACAUAAGCCCCUGCGCCGGGUGGCCGGGUCCCCACCGGGGUGA